AUGAGUUCACCACUCAGAGUAAACUCUGCUAGCAGCCCAUCGUAUGUGUGGUCUAGCAUUUCUGCUGCGCGAAAGUUGCUUCUAACGGGAAUCAGACAAAAGAUACAUUCAGGCUAUGAAGUCAAGGUGUGGGAGGAUCCAUGGAUUCCAACGACCCCGGCGAGACCAGCCCUCCCUAUAGCGCCGGUAAUGCUUCCUAAUAUGAGAGUUAGUGACUUCAUUAAUCCGGUAACGAAAGAGUGGGAUGUUGGUCUUUUGGAGAAUUAUGUCAAUCCGGAGGACAUACCACUUAUAAGGAGCUUGGCCAUAAGUUCAGCUCAUCGUCGCGAUACAUUUUGUUGGAAUUACACAAGGAAUGACCAAUACACGGUUAAAUCUGGAUAUUGGGUGGCUCAGAAUGUGUUAAAGGCAGAGGAGGAGAAGGAAGUCCUAGAGCCGAUAACGAGGAACUUAGCAAGACGUAAUAUGAGGUGUGAUAACUACUGCCCAAGAUGUGGAGAGCUGGAGGAAUCUGUAACCCAUGCUAUAUUCGAGUGUCCGCUAGCUCUACAAGUCUGGUCCUUAUCAUCAACUCCGUCAAGCCCAGCCUCGGCUCAGUUUAGUGGAUGUGGAUGGGUCUGGUGGGACAGUGGAGGAAACAUUCAAUUGUUGGGGACAAAAAAUUUCGAUCGACGAGAAUCAGCUUUGCAUUCGGAAGUAGAAGCUCUGCGGUGGGCAAUGGAGAACAUGCUUCAACACUCAACUUGCCAGAGCUUUGGGACAGACUGCAAGGAGCUGAUAGCAAUGAUAAAAGAACCUCAUGUCUGGCCUAGCUUUGCGACGGAAUUGUAG